AACGCAAAUCACGAUUUUCUUUCCAUCCCUCCUCGACCAAGCAUCUAACCAUCAAAACAAUCACUUCUUCCGCACAAUGGUCCCUCGGCCGAUCCGCAAAUAUUCUUGGACUUGGAAAUGUUGCUCUUGCGAAACUGCUGGAAUUUCCAUAGAAGAGGAUUUGUGUUCCAACUGUGCAAACCCCCGAUGUGCAUCCUGUCAAAUUACGAAGAAACACAAACCCCAUCGAGAAACUUGAGUCGCAAUUUCCAAGAUUUAAGGAGAACUGAUACCCCUCACAAAUCUAACGAACAUGCGGCUUAUCUCUACAUCCACGCUGACGAUAUGCGAGUUCGUUGGAUCAAGCACACCUCCCUAUGGCCUCCUUUCUCAUACAUGGGAAGAAGGCGAAGUUUCAUACCAGGAAAUGAUGGCAGGAUCAGCAAGAACAAAGAGAGGCUACAGUAAAAUUGAGAUGGCGUGCAAGUUGGCCAAGGUAGAGGGUAUCGCAUAUGUAUGGGUGGAUACCUGCUGCAUCGAUAAAUCCAGCAGCGUCGAACUCUCCGAAGCCAUUAAUUCUAUGUUUCAAUGGUACAAAGAUUCUCUUAUCUGUUAUGCCUAUCUAUCCGACUUGAGACCUUUUACGGAUCUUUCGAGGACACUGAAGAGUUGUCGUUGGUUCACCCGAGGAUGGACACUGCAAGAGCUGAUUGCGCCGACGAACAUUAACUUUUUCGACCAAAAUUGGGGCUUCAUAGGUAACAAAAAAGAUCUCAUGGAGGAAGUAUCUUCAAUUACAGGCAUUGGUGUACUGGUUUUGAAUCAUACCACGCCUUUGUCUUCUGUUACCGUCGCCACGAGAAUGUCAUGGGCAUCGUACAGACAAACUACUAGGGAGGAAGAUAUGGCCUACUGUCUGCUUGGGAUAUUCAGCGUCAACAUGCCGUUGAUAUAUGGAGAGGGCUCAAAGGCGUUUACACGCCUCCAGGAAGAGAUCAUCAGGAGCAUUUGCGACCUUAGCAUUUUCGCCUGGAAGGCGGUGCCAGACCAGGAUGAACGACACAGCCGUCGAUAUUCGGGAGCUCUUGCCAAAUCCCCGAAGCUAUUUUCCAGUUGCAGACAUAUAAUCCGAUCGAAAGAGACCCGAUUUCACGCUGACUUUUCUGUCACAAACCGGGGUAUCCGAAUGCCAGCGGGCCUAAUCGGAUUGUCAAUCAAAAAUUCACAAGGCUGCCAUUAUGUCUUAUGUCUCGACUGCUCUACUGAAGGUCAGAGCAACUCCAGCCUUGCUAUCUAUCUGAGAAAAUGCGGUGCGGACUUGUUCAUUCGGGACCACCCGUCGUCGCUUGCGACUGUUACUCCAGAAUCUGGCAACCGGUACCGCUUCAGAACGAUAUACAUUCUUUCAAAACUCCCCGAAAGCCCAUGUCCUCUUCAAGACGGAUUUCCAAGUCCUGAUGAUGAUCUUGUUAUUAGUAGGCGUGUCUCUGCCAUACGAAUUUGUCUUCCACCCGGCUUAGUGGUUUACAAUGCCAACCCGCCGAGCCAUCGUGACAGCCAAGAUGAAGUGUUCUUUAGCACAGAAAGUACACACGACGGUUGGUGUGCUAUAACCAUUGAAGGAACCCUUCGGUUGGAUGGACAGCACGUCCCUGUAUCAUGCUUCUUUGCUUGUUUCGGCUGGAAUUGCCGGCAAAAGUACCUAGUGAGCACUCUGGUCAACCUGUCGACAUGUGAUCCAAUUUCAAUCAAUCGUCUUGUAUCAGAACUGGAGCGUGAACAGAACGAUUUCAUACCUUGGGCUCUGGAAGACUUGGAAUAUUUCGGCAUUCCACUGCAGGGCUUUGUAACAUUGGAAGCGGCUGGGCACACUUUCAAGUUGUCGCACAUCGCCAAGAAGGUUUUCGUACCGACAAUAUGUAAAAGUGAGAUGUACCAGGUGGAAAUAUUCUUGGAUUGAUUUACUCAGACUUUCCAUGGGCAAAAGCCACCACGCGGACGAGUAUUUGGCGUCCCGCAGCUCUUCCUCCCCAAUAUCUCAAUGAUUGCUCUUGACGUCGUCUUCGUUCGCCUCAAAGUUCGUGAAAGUCUCGUCUUUAGAAGAAUAUUUGCCUUGGUACUCUGCGAUUUUGCCUGCUUUGGAUGGCUCUUAGAGUGUGGCAAUGUGAGCAUUUGCAGAGGUGGGGGUUGGGGUGAGAUGAAGCUGAAGACUUGUCAAUCUUUUCAAGAAAAUAUUCGGUCUCGAGAUUCAUUUAUACUAUGAGGGACGGGGAUAGUGUGGUGGAAGACACCAUCUAGUUAAAAGCAUCUCUUCUG